GAAUAGAAAGGAAUAUUUUAAUUUCGAUUAAGAAAAUGAAUACAAAAAUGGGUUUUCAAUCUCCAUCAUGAGGACUUAUAAGGUCAAGCAACGGAGAGGAAACUUGUGAAACUAACGGAAACUCCUACUAGAAUUACUUUCCAAUUGCAAUGGGAACAACAAACGUGGUCUACCUUAUUUAAGCAAGGUUUAUGGGGUCUACCUUGUUCGUCCUAGCUAUCAUUUUAUCAAUUUAGGUUCCUCUCUUUCGAACUCUUUUCUUGAUACGCAUCCCAAAAUCAUGAACAAUACCUAUUUCCUUUUUCUUUCAUUUUUGUUUAUGCAAUGUUUCAUGGCUAGCUUAGCUAUGACUAUGAGGAAUCUCGCCACCGAUCAAUUUGCACUUCUCCAGUUUAAAGACCAUAUCCUUGAUCCUCACAAUGUCUUGGCAAACAAUUGGACAGCCUCCAGCUCUGUUUGCAACUGGCUUGGUGUUUCUUGUGGUGUCGGACAUGGAAGGGUCACAUCCUUGACUCUCCCAAACAUGAAUUUUACAGGAACUAUCCCUCCACAUCUUGGAAAUCUCUCAUUUCUACUCUAUCUCAACUUGAGUAGGAACAAUUUCUAUGGCAAUCUACCCCAAGAAUUGGGGCAACUUCAUCGUUUGAGGCUCAUUCAUUUAAGCUUCAACGGCCUUAAUGGGGUGAUUCCGUCAUGGCUUGGGAAAUUACAUAGAGUUGAACAGUUGCUAAUGAGAAAUAAUAAUUUCACAGGCACAAUUCCUCAAACACUUGUUAACAUGUCCAACCUAGAGAUCUUGAACUUGGGAAACAAUCAACUAUCGGGCACAUGCAACAAGCUUCAAAAAUUAGCAUUGUCUGCUAAUCAAUUCAAUGGGUUCAUUCCAAGAAAUAUUGGAAAUUUAACACAACUCAAAGAAGUAUAUUUGGGUUUAAAUAACUUAGAAGGAGAAAUUCCCGAAGAAAUUGGUAAUCUUUUUAGUUUAGAGAUAUUAAGUGCAAGAAGUAUGGGCCUUACUGGGCUCAUUCCAAAAAGUAUUGGGAAUUUAACCGUGCUCAAAGAAGUAGAUCUAGGUGAAAACAGAUUGGAAGGUAACUUACCCCCCAUGGCUAGCCUUCAAAAACUUGAAAAGCUCGUUCUAUGGCAAAAUAAUCUUAGCGGAAACAUUCUCAACUCCAUCUCUAAUGCUUCCAUGCUCAGGAUGCUUUCCGUAAUAGAUAACUCCUUCUCUGGCCUUAUUCCAAAUACUCUUGGCAACUUAAGACAUCUUGAGUGGUUCCAAAUUAGGGGUAAUCAUUUUAUCACAGAACCUGCUACUCAUGAGUGGAGCUUUCUCUCUUCUUUGGCAAAUUGCAAGAAUUUGACAUUUCUGGAUGUUUCACAAAAUCCAUUGAAUGGCAUUCUUCCAACUUAUAUUGGGAAUCUUUCGACAUCUCUUAAAAAAUUUUUUGCUGAUGACUGUGAGCUUCAAGGUAAUAUUCCAUUAGAAGUCGGCAACUUAAGCAACGUGUUUCUUUUAGAGCUUACCAACAAUAAAAUAAGUGGAUCUAUUCCAGCGACUAUAGGAGGACUACGAAAUGUCCAAAGUUUGACUCUUGAUAUUAAUGAGUUACAAGGGCCCAUCCCUGAAAAAAUCUGUGGUUUGGAGAGAUUAUAUACAUUGGAAUUAUCUUUUAAUAAGCUCAGUGGACCUAUGCCUACUUGUUUGGGUAAUUUGACUUCUUUAAGAAAUCUUUACUUGGGAUCCAACAAAUUGAGUUAUGCAAUACCCUCAAGCUUGUGGAGCCUUCAAGAUAUCUUAGAAAUAGAUUUGUCAUCAAACUACUUUAGCGGCUCACAUCCACUUGAUAUCGGACAUUUAAGGGCACUAAUGUAUUUGAAUUUGUCAAAGAAUCUACUAAUGAGUGAUAUGGUGUCUACAAUUGGGGGCCCUGAAACAUUGGUUUCUUUAGAUUUAUCUAAUAACAAGUUUCAUGGUCAUAUUCCUGAAUCAUUUGGUGGCUUGAUUAGUUUGGAAUUCUUGGAUUUAUGCAAUAACAAUCUCUCUGGAGUUAUUCCCAAAUCAUUGGAAAAGCUUACGAAUCUAAAAUAUUUUAAUGUUUCCUACAAUAGAUUGGAAGGAGAAAUCCCCACUGGAAGAUGUUUUCAAAACUUUUCCUAUAGAUCAUUCAUGAAAAAUUAUGCACUUUGUGGUCCAUCUAGAUUGCUAGUCCCACCUUGCAGGAGUAGCAUCCACAGAAAUUCCAAGUUGACCAUAUUGCGUGUUUUAAGGUAUGGUUUACUAACAAUUGCCACUAUUGUAGUAAUAAUAGUUUUUACUAUUAUAUAUAGAAAAUGCCAAAGUAGGAGUAUAACUCUACCUGUUAAAGAAGAUUUGUUAUCUUUGAAAACAUGGAGAAGAAUUUCAUAUGCUGAACUUUCACAAGCAACUGAUGGAUUUGGAGAAUCCAACUUUCUUGGCUCAGGGAGUUUCGGAUCUGUAUAUAAAGGGAGGCUUUCAGAUGGGAUGAAUGUUGCAAUAAAAGUUUUCAAUUUGCAGAUAGAGGGAGCAUUUAGGAGUUUUGACACUGAAUGUGAAGCUAUGCGUAAUAUAGUCCAUCGCAACCUUGUCAAGGUCAUUACUUGCUCCUCCAAUGUGGACUUCAAAGCCUUGGUGCUGGAUUUCAUGCCUAAUGGAAGAUCAAUAUAA